CGUUGCGUCUUCCGCAACACGCGGUCGAUAUCACCAUAUCAUCCACAUACACAAGACACACAUGUCCAAAAUGGGGGCAACAAUAAUACCAGCACCCCACCGGUGCUUCAAUAUGCGGAACCCUCUCGCCAAGGCCCUCGUCCUUUUCAUCUCAGUAUCCCUUUUCGGCACUCUACUCCUACAGCAGAGCGGAGACAUCGACGUCCGCGCAGCGUUCCUUAAGACGGCCAGUACUGCCAAGGACGCCGUAUCCUCCUCUCAACGACCACUCGGUAGCAACCACCCACAAUCAGGAUGGGGAGGAGACAGUGUCCAUACUCCGGUCGAGGUGACUGGAGACCACCAGCCAGAUCAUCCCAACGAGCUGGCCAACAUCACCGCCAACGGGAACAUGCACUGUGACUACGACAUGGACCGCUUGAGGGAAUGGAAGAAGAAAUACAAGCUUCAAGACCGCUUCGAGUACACACGCCGCUACAUCCAAGUCUCGCGCCAGCCCAUCGCCCGCAAGUCUCUCACCAAGCUCGACCAGGACUUCCUUUCUGAUCACGUCAAGGUUGUCGACGUCAACAAGCACUACCAGCCCGAGGCCUGCCCGGCUCCUCUCGUCGUGCCCGUCUCCCGCUCACCCUACCCCUCGACCGCCAACGCCUCCGACUUCAUGUUUGGCGUCUCCACCACCUACAAGCGCUUCAUCGACCCCAAGACCAACCCAACCAACGAGUGGAAGUACUGGCUUACCGACAACAACGGCUCAUCCAACGGCGGCAAACUCUUGCUGAUGCUCAUGGGUGCCUCUGACUCGGAAAUGGCCGACGUGCGCGAGCAGCUCACUUCGGUCGGCAUCGAUGUCGACGUCUACCGCUCUUCGCCCUCUGACGAAAUGGCCGUCCGCUAUCUGACUCUAGUCCCCACGCUGUACAACCACCCCCUCCGUUCCCAAAAGAAAUGGCUUGUGACGUGCGACGACGACACCUUCUUCCCCUCGUUGCACGCUCUGAUCGCCCAGUUCGAAACCUACGACCACACCAAGCCCAAGUACAUUGGCACCUUCUCCGAAGACUCUAACAACGUCAUGCGCCACGGAGAGCAAGCCUUUGGCGGCGCCGGCGUUUUCCUCUCGGUCCCACUUGCUGCCCUCGUCACUGAGAACUUUGCGCAGUGCAAGAGUCCGGAGAAGAUCAAGGAAGCCAACACGGGCUGGGGACCCCAGGGUGAUGUUUUGCUGAGGAAGUGCAUCUACGAACACUCGCCCGUCCGCCUCACUCUUUUGGACUCGCUCUGGCAGCUGGACAUGCUCGGUGAUCCGUCUGGGUUCUACGAGUCCGGCAUUCAACCCCUUUCUCUGCACCACUACCGCGGCGGAGGCUGGCAUUCUGCUCUGCCCUUCCACUACACCAAGGUCUCCCACCUGUGUGGAGAGGAGUGCAUGAUGCAGCGCUUCAUGACGGCCGACGACUUCGUCAUUAGCAACGGGUUCUCGGUGGCGUAUUACCCUGAGGGCACCGACGAUUUGGAUUUCGACCAGCUGGAGGGCACUUUCCGCUCCGCGCCGGAUUAUAAGGGCUGGAACUUGGAUUUCAAGUGGGGACCGCAGCGCGCGGGGUUGGCCAAGACGGGGAGGAAGUUGAGCUGGGAUUUGCAAGAGGCCAAGAUUAUCUGGGAGGAUGACGAGCAGAAGGCUGCAGAGGGGGGAAACAAGAGAGACCAGAGUGAUGAAGGGCAGAAUGGAUCUGCCCAGCAAGAGAAGAAGAAGAAGGGAGAGAGGAGAAAGGUCAAGGAAGUCAGACAGAUUUAUGUCAGGAAGCAUGAUGAUUGGAGGUGGAAGCUGGCGGAUGGCGCGACGCCAAUGAGCCGGUUCGACGGCGUGGUGGAGCUUGUUUGGUUGCCUGAUACGAAGGAGGAUCGAUAGAGAUGGGAGAUGGGUUUUGCACUGGGAUCAGGAUAGAUCAUUCCACAGGCAGAGGAAGGUACCUCUAUUUAAACUUACCUGUUAAGAUUCAAUGUUUUAUUACUUUUAUUUGGACACAAGUUUCCAUCUUUUA